AUGGCGGAUAAUCGGAGCUCAUAUAUCCAAGCUAUGAGCGCAGUUUUCUUUGCCUUUACCUUCAUUAGCGUUUCCCUACGCUGUUAUCGGCGUCUAUUUAAACUUAAUCAGUCCAUAUCACAGAUGGUUUAUUGCGCCUUCUGUACCUGCCCCAUUACAGGGAUGCUCUAUGGGGUGGCACAGAGGACGCCUACCAAAAAGUUUGACGAAGCAGUGGCGCUCAAACUUUGUGAAUUGAUGUAUGGCCUCUCGAUACCAUUGACAAAAUUAGCAGCUGGUGUGUUGUUGCUACAGAUCACAACGGAGAACCUCCACAUCUGGACGCCCUAUGUCUGUAUGGCAAUAUCGCUGGCCGCCGGAUUUAUAGGGCUGGUUGUCGUUCUCAUCCAAUGUUCACCGCCAUCAAAGUUUUGGAAUAAGCAGGUGAUGGCCCAUUGUAUAGAUAUCGAGAUCACUAUUGCUGUAACAUAUGCCUGCAGCGUAUUUAGUACCAUAAGCGAUUUCACCACGGGACUUCUCCAGCUCUUCAUUCUCCGCAAGUGUCAGAUGAAACGAAUGGAGAAGAUUGCUCUCAUGUGCAUUAUAGGACUAGCUUGUAUAGCAAGCGUGGCCGUUAUUGGCCGGAUACCUUACGUCGCUAGGUUUCGCCAGCCAGCCAGACUUCCUCUUUCAACGGCUGGAAUAGCAAUCUGGUCUAAGGUGAAAGUAGGACUCGAAAUCUCCGCUGGUUGCAUUGCUACUCUUAGGCCAUGCUUUCGAGCGGCCUUAAGCCUUAACACAAACUGA